UUCAGACGCCUACGCGCCCCAAAUAAUUACAAAUUGACUUUUUGGGUUUGAAUCAAACCUUUAACAAUGCGUGUCAGUGGGAAAGUCUUUGAAUCGUAGAUACCAAUCAUACUAUUGACCAAAUCGCGUGAAUACCUGAAAUCAGUUUCACACGCAUUAUGAAGGCUAUUUAAUGGAUGAGUUUCCGAAAUUAUAGGAAAUAUUUUUUUUUUUAAUUGCACGAUUAGAUCCAUUACAUUCAGCGGCAGCCGCCUACCUGGUAACGUUUGGCGUAGCCCGCGGGCUUCAUACGAAGUAAGGUUAAAUCUCCGGGCAGAGAGAAGUGGACCUUCCGCGUUUCGUCUGGACUCAUUAGAGGCAUUCAAGGAUGGAUUUAACUUCUGUGAUUUUAACAACUGCGGGCUCCAUCGGAUUUUUUAGACUGGUAAAUACUGGAUUCGGAGAACUCCCCAUUCCCGAGACUGCCUCCAGGAAUGCGUGGAAAUGGAGAAAUAUCUCCUCAUCCUUCGUCCAUAGUAUGAUUACUGCUAUAUGGGCGGUGCUUUGCUUUUACCUACAUCCACAGAUGGCGGAGGAUUUGAUAGAGACUCAUUCCGCGUUUUCACACUUACUGGUCUCGGUGUCCAUCGGUUACUUCAUCUAUGACUUUUUUGACAUGGUGCUGAACCAGAAGUUGACUCAGUCCUGGGAGCUUCUCUUCCAUCACGUGGUGGUGAUUACCUGCUUUGGCCUCUCUGUCGUGACGUGCCGCUACGUGGGCUUCGCCGUGGUGGCCCUGCUGGUGGAGAUCAACUCCAUCUUCCUUCACCUGCGACAGAUGUUGCGCAUGGCCAACCUGGCAGCGGGCACCCUCUACCGGGUGAACAGCAUGGUCAACCUGGGCACAUACGUGGUGUUCCGCAUCAACACACUGGCCUGGAUGACCCGCUGGCUCGUGCUCAACCGAGACAAGGUGCCCCUCCUGGCCUACACGGUGGGCAGCGUGGGCAUGGCCAUCAUGACCGCCAUGAACAUCGUGCUCUUUUGCCGACUGCUCCGGAGCGACUUCCUCAAGAGCAGCACCCGCGAGGCCAAAAAGGAGAAGGAGCUGUAG